AGGAGACUAUGUAGGUGGACCCUCAAAGUACAGGAAGUCGCACAAGAGCUUAACAACAAGGAGUGGGAAACUGAGAGGACCAAGAAUGGAGAAAUACAUAGAAUAGAAAUACGUGGAAUACAUUAAGAUGCAAUGUAACGCAAAGGUACACGUGGUGAAGGCUAACCAAGUUCUAACCAACGUGUUCAACAGAAUUCUCACAGCGGAUAAGAUGCCUGAAGAAUGGAGAGAAAGUGCUAGUUCCCGUUUUUAAGAACAAAAGCGAUGUGCAGAGCUGUGGGAACUAUAGGGCAAGAAAGAUUUGGGAAGGACUAAUGGAGGCUAGACUCAGGACAGAAGUACGUUUUUGUUAGCAACAAUAUGGUUUCAUCACAAUCAGCUUUAUUGGCCAAGUGUGUAAAAACACACAAGGAAGAAUACCACAGAUGCAAAUAUUUGCCGUCAGGAUGCUAAUGGAAAAGUACAGAGGUCAGAAGGAGCUACAUUGUGUCUUUUUCGAUCUAGAGAAAGCCUACGACAGAGUACCAGGAGAGGAACUGUGGUACUGCAUGGGCAAGUCCGUAAUGGAAGAGAAGGAUGUUAGAAUACUACAGGACAUGUACGAGAGUAGCGGAACGGUGGUGAGGUGUGUCGCAGGUGUGACAGAAAAAAUUGAAGGUGCAAUUGGGGACUGGAUCAGGGACCGGCUCCAGGCCCCUUCCUGUUUGCAGUGGUCAUGGAAAGGCUGACAGACGAGGUUAGACUGGAAUCCCCUUGGACCGUGAUGGUCGCAGAUGACAUUCGGAUAUGCAGUGAAAGCAGGGAGAAGGUGGAGGAACGCACUGGAAAGGAGAGGAAUGAAGUUUACCCAAACUAAAACAGAAUAUGUGUGCGUGAAGGGGGAAGAGAUAGCGAGGGUGGACGACUUCAAAUACUUGGGGUCAACAAUCCAGAGCAACGGUGAGUGUGGUAAAGGAAGUGAAGAAGCGGGUCCGAGCAGGUUGGAACAGCUGGCGGAAGGUGACAGAAGAGUCUCCGCGAGGAUGAAGGGCAAAGUUCAUAAAAGGGUGGUGAGGCCGGCCAUGAUGGACGGAUUACAGACGGUGGCGCUGAAGGGACGACGGGAAGCAGAACUGAAGAUGCUGAGGUUCUCGCUUGGAGUGAGCAGGUUGGAUAGGAUUAGAAAUGAGCUCCCGAGAGGGAGGGACAGCCAAAGUUGGAUGUUUUGGAGAUGUCCAGCGGCGUGACAGUGAGUCUACUCGUAGAAGGCCGCUGAGAAAAGAGCUGCCAGGCAAACGAGCGAGACAAAGACCAAAAAGAAGGUGGAUGGAUGUUGUGAUGGAAGACAUGAGGGCAGAGGAAGAUGCAGGAGAUAAGCUAGGUGCACAUGGACAACGAUGACGCGCUGUGGCCACCCCUCACGGGACAAGCCGAAAGGAAAAAAAAGAAGAAAAAUAACAUAAUAACGGCAAUGACAAUCCCAUCUCAAAUUUACAAUAAACUCCUAUUCUGUCAACUGUCUUUUGUAUACUAAGGACACUUACUGUCCCCUAUUUACUACGUGUGUCUUUAUCGCUCAAUCUUUCAAUCCGAAGAAUAAACAAUCAUGAAAUACAGUAGAGUGGAGUAUUUCUAAGGCAACAUCCGGCUGUGGGCUCGCCUGCCGUUGUGCGCAUGCGCAGCAUCUCCGUUUCGGGUGGGAGCGUUAGCAUUAGCAGAGUGUGCGCGAAGCAAGCAAACCGGAGUGUAAUGGCGGCCUCGGUGUUGUUGGGUUCCGCGGACAACACCGGAAUCAGCUUCACGGGCGGCGGUGCCGGCGCGGGAAACAACGUCCUCGUCGCCGGGAACAACGGCCUGGCUGCGUCGGCGGCGGGCCCGGUGCCGUGGAACCGCUCUUUGGACCGGGCUCUUGACGAAGCCUCGGCCACUGGGUGCCUGAACCUCAGCGGCAGGAAGCUCAAAGAGUUCCCCCGAGGCGCCGCCAACCACGACCUGACCGACACCACCCGGGCAGACUUAUCUCGGAACCGGCUGUCGGAUCUUCCGGUGGAGGUGUGUCUCCUGGUGUCGCUGGAGAGUUUGAACGUCUACCAGAAUUGUUUGAGGUCUCUACCUGAUCACAUGAUCAACCUGCAGGCACUCACGUACCUGAACCUCAGCCGCAACCAGCUGUCUGCGCUGCCGGUGGUGUUGUGCAGUCUCCCGCUGAAGGUUCUGAUCGCGUGCAACAACAAGCUGGCGGCUCUGCCUCAGGAAGUGGGUCAGCUGAGGCACCUGACGGAGCUGGAUGUUAGCUGUAACGAGAUCAGGACGCUGCCUUCUCAGGUGGGCCAGCUGGAGGCGCUAAGAGACCUAAACAUCAGGAGGAACCACCUGGUUGCACUUCCUCCAGAGCUGGCCGAGCUGCCUCUGGUGCGUUUGGACUUCUCGUGCAACAAGGUGACGUCCAUCCCGCUGUGCUACACGCGGCUGUCGCAGCUGCACACCAUGGUGCUGGACAACAACCCGCUGCACACGCCGCCCGCUCAGAUUUGCAUAAAGGGCAAAGUUCACAUCUUCAAGUUCCUCAAUAUGGAGGCCACUAAGAUGACCCCUGACCUCCCAGAAUACGACAGACAACCUUUAAACUUCGGCUCCUGUGUUGAUGAGCUGUACCCCGGUCGGCAGUACGGAGCGUUGGAUUCGGGCUUCAACAGCGUGGACAGUGGAGACAAAAGAUGGUCAGGAAACGAGGAGUCAUCUGAGGUUUCUGCUCGCUUCCCGGACGUCCACAAAGAGUGGAAGCGUGCGGGCGCCGCGGGGCCCCCCCUGCUGGCCAAUGGAACACACGAGCUGGAGCAGAUCGACUUCAUCGACGGCGUUGGCGAGGAGGAAGAGGAGGAGAAGAAGAGCGUGGGGGGAGGAGGAGGAGGAGGAGGAGCGGGAGACCGGGCCAGCCUCAGCUCGCAGUUCAUGGCCUACAUCGAGAGGCGCAUCAGCAACACGGCUUCUCCGGGUAAAGCCGGUCUAUCCAGACGAGACGACUCAAGACAGAGACAGAGCAGGAGCGUUUUGGACGGUGCCACGGCGCCACCCAGCAGUCAGAUUCAGCGAGGUGUGGAGAGGGUGAGGCGAGAGGCUCAGCUAGCCGCCCUCAGGUACGAUGAGGAGAGACACCAGAUGCGCCCCCUGCAGGGAGACGCCAAGAAGAUCUACCCCUUCCGACACUCGACCCACACUGAUGACUCUGCCCUCUUCAUGCAGGGCGAAGAGCGAGGCGGCCUUUUGCCGAGCGCCAAUCCCAGCCACUCUGCCCCGCCGGACGCCGCUCCCUGUCGUGGCGCCGGCGUGCGCCCGGAGAGCUUCCUGUACCGCCUUGGUCAGCGCGAGGAAAAGAGGAGAGGGGACCCCGCAGCCCCUCGGCAGCCGUGCGACGAGGCCCCGCCCCCGCCCGCGCCCGCCGAGAUCGGACACGACGCUCAGCUGGCGGAGCGGCUCAGGAAGGACAUCGAGGCCCGGCUGAAGGUUUCGUUGCCUAGCGACCUGUGCGCGGCGCUCACCGACGGCGUGGUCCUUUGUCACCUGGCCAAUCAUGUGCGGCCGCGAUCGGUACCCAGCAUACACGUCCCCUCUCCCGCUGUGCCUAAACUGACCAUGGCCAAAUGUCGGCGGAACGUGGAGAACUUCCUGGAGGCGUGUCGCAGGAUGGGCGUGUCUCAGGACGGUUGUCAUUGCGACCAGCAACACACACUGGAGCGCGCGUGUAUUCCGUCAGGGUGUUCUCAUGACGCGAUUGGUCGCUUUCCUCUCGUCUUUCGCUUGCUUUCAUCCAUCUUAUCCAUCCGAGCCGGGCAUUGGGGGAAGGGUCCCGGGUUAGGCCAGUCUUUGAAGAACUUUCCCCAAAACUACCAUGGCGAAUAAUAUUGUUAUAUAAUAGUUUCUAAUGCCUCUGAAAUUAAAAUGAAAGGAUCACCUUUAAAACCCCCCCAAAAUAAUUCCAUUUUGUAGUUUUUGUCCUUUGAGAUCGCCAUUGUGGUUAUUAUUAGAAUUGAGAUUUAGAUUGAUAGAUUGACAUUGUUUUUCUCGUAUCUCUAUAUGGAUCCCGCUGGGUCUGAAAUAAAAAGAGCUGCGAGACCAACCAAUUGGAAUCACUUUUAGAAGCCCAAACUGAAUAAAAAUGCUUCAUGUAAACGCCUCAAGCAUAAGCCAAAUGGAAUUUUAUUCCUUUUGGCAAAUCUGGAUGUCACUUUGCAGUGAUGUCAUUGUUUGUUUUUAUUUUAAAGUGCUUACAGUGUGUUGUUUUUAUCAAGCGUUUUUUAAAAAUCAAACAUGAAAAAUAUCCCAACUACUGCACUGAACAAACGACGGAGCUUAGGGUUAGGGUUAACCCUAACCUUUCCGAUGCCGACCUUAAGCUCCGCCCCCCCGAGGAACAUGUAUGAAGUGGAUUCUCGAUGGCGUCUUCCAGAUAAUUUUGGGGUAUGUUUUUUUUGCCAAAUGCGUCAGACUUGUCCAAGAGAGUUCUCCAGAGAGAUCUCAACUACUUCACGUAAGAAUAUGUACACGGAAUGAAGAUUUUGGACAGAGCAGGACGCAAUGUCCGAGUUACAGCCAAACGUUGGCGAUCGAUGCAAAAAAUGUUGACACCUCACAAACUUCAUAUUGAAAUCCAACAGGAUAAAAUAGUGGAAUCGUACUGUGCAUAUAAAGCAGGGCGAGUACUUUUUACUCAGAAAGAUCACCAGUAAUAUCAUUGGAGUCUUUAUAAUUGAUUUGACUUGGCUCGGAAUGGAACCCAGUGCUCGGUCUUAAAAGUCCGAUGUGACCCAAAUAGGCAAUUAGACAUUUCUCUUGCGUGACGUGGCGCAUUUACGUAUGACUAACCCGACUCUUGGGCAUAAAACAUGACACUUCAAAGUGAAAGUUGUUCUCCUGGACUGAUAAUAAUUCAAUCAAACUCGGAGAAGAUACUUCUCCUUCGCUUACCUUCCAACAUACACCCCAGUGUUUGUUGAUAAUGUCCACAUUUCGUUGUACGCGCGCUCUUCCGCGAGCCUUCAUCCAUCGUAGACACUUCCUCAACUGUGUUUUAGGCUUUGGAGAAAGAAUCAAGCGAGUGGGCCCCUCGUAAGCUAGCGGGCUACAUUUCAUCAGAGUUGCACGUUCUCCGAGCCCACAUGAGGACCAUUUUGUUCGGAACGUGAACUUUUCCAAGCGCACGCUACCGACAACCAGCAUUGCUUGUGGGACAACGUGGCGGCGAGAGGGGCGUGUCAAGACAAUGCAGCUAUCUGAUUGGCUAUUAUUGUACGGUACGAGUGAUUGACAGGUCGGAAAGGUCAAUUGACGUGACGAUGGUCGCGACGAUGAGCGGGUGUCUUACGGCUGUAGCGCACAUGAUGUCGUCGUCGUCGUCGUCGCCCCCCCGCCCAAUUGGCAUAGAUCAUGAAACACAUCAACAGUUGGCCAGACCUCUUCAGUCAGAAUGACAAAAAAAAGUCUCACCGGAAAUCUGGCUACUGCGCGGUUGGUCCGUCGAAGACGAGCCCUUCACCAGUCAACCAAAUGUACGUCGUCAACUAUCGGCUGACUAUCGUUUGCCGCCGAGAUUGUACUUGAUGGACAGUUAACGUUCCCGUAUGUCCAGCUCAGGUGCCGCCUUGGUGUGACCAAUUUAGCUCUCUUCUCGGGUUAGUGACCAUAAAUAGUUAACGUCGCCACGUGUGUUAAUUGGGGAAUAACACAAACAACAAUGUGGAGCGAAGCGCUGACAUUUUAAAUGACUUUCUGGUCAGUGGAGUGAGCGGUUUAGCUCCUGAACUCGUUAGGUCUUAGGCUAGUCGUUAGCGCACGAGCUCGUCAGUGAACUCAGAAGCACGACAAACGGUUGACCUUUUUUGAGUGCAUGAACGUACACGUUUUAUGAGGAACAAGGCUGUGGAAUAUCGCACGGAGCCAAUGACGGCAAGAGUGUCAGCGUUCCACCGGCUCGCAGCCGUCCAACGAUGCAUGACCAAUGAACAUAUAUCGAGUCCGUAAAGCAGGGGUCUCGAACUCCUUUUUAUCGUGGGCCACUUUUGUCGUGAGCGUUUCCCUCAGAGGGCCGUUAUGACAAUCUUUUGCCUCAUCAUAUUUACAAACUACUUUUUGGAAUGAGAAAUCAAAGGUGUUGGGUUUUUUCAUCUACUGUUGCUCGCAAUAUACCAAUGUUAUCAUUUAUAAUGACAAUUUGAAAUUUUGCUAACGAUUUUAACGUAAAUCAUGGAAAUUGAUACAGAGGAUUUCCCUUCACGAGCUUCGUAAAAUCCCGCGGAGGGCCGGAUCUGGACCCCGGGCCUUGAGUUCGACACCUGUGCCGUAAAGACUAUCGUGUCCGAUUUGUUUGUUAAACGAUUCAACGAUGUUAUAGCAAUCAUUGCGACGGGCUAUUUGGCAGUCGAUCCCAUUCCGAUUGAAGACCAUUGGUGGCAACGGUUGCGGGCGCGUCAAUCGCAGGGGGUGUCCAAGUCUAAACGUGAGCGACCAAUCCCGUAAUCCCAUCCAUUCCGGUUUGUCCUUUUGUUUGCAUCAUUCCAGUUGUGUUGAUCAGCGUUUGCAUUCUUUUGCUUUUUGGCCUUUGUCUUUGUGUGUGUGUGUGUGUGUGUGUGUCCAGAGCGACCUAUGUCUCCCCCUUCACAUCCUGGAGGAACAAGGGCUCCCCCAGGUGGCCACCACCAUCAACGCACUUCUCCGCUUGGCCCCGCCCAGACACAGUGUCGCCACAACUACCGUGACGUCAUCCGGAGCGUCUUCCGG